GCAAAAUUCACGCAAUUCUCUCGUCGCUCCUAAAUCAUCCUCUUUUUGUUUUCUUCCAUUUUUUCUGCUUUAGUAUAUGGGUUUCUUUUUUUUGUUUUCUUUAUAUUAAUAAAAUAAUGUAAUUUCAUUUUGUUUUUUUGGAGUAAGCUUAUAUAAAUGGAGAUUCCUUGGUCUUCUUCUUCGUUGCCAGUUGCCACCAGACAUACAUAACACAUUGAAAGCAGCUUAUUCAUCGACAUACCAAACUCUCACUCUCGCCCUCGCUCUCGCCCUCGCUCUCUUUCUUUCUUCAUGUAAAUUGUUUGUUCUUUUCCAUGUAUCGAGAUUCGAUCUUCUUCUUCUUCACACGAACCUCCUUAUUGUUUUCUCCUGCAUUCUCUCUAUUCUUCGCUAAACCUUGAAUAAAGACAUGUUCUUUAACAUGGGUUUUUCCGGUUUAAAGUAGUUGUAUCUUUGUUUCCCCUUUAAACCGGGUUUAAGCUCAAUCUUUUCUUAGAACAACUCCAACUGUUUGACGAUUUGACUGAGAGAAAACAGAGUCAUGGAAGAGACUUUUGUGCCGUUUGAAGGAAUCAAGAAUGAUCUUAAAGGAAGAUUGAUGUGCUAUAAGCAAGAUUGGACUGGUGGAUUCAAAGCUGGAUUUAGGAUUCUGGCUCCCACCACUUACAUAUUUUUCGCUUCUGCGAUUCCUGUCAUCUCAUUUGGUGAACAACUCGAAAGAAGCACCGAUGGAGUUCUCACGGCUGUUCAAACCUUAGCAUCUACAGCCAUUUGCGGUAUGAUACAUUCGAUUAUCGGAGGUCAGCCACUGCUUAUUCUCGGUGUUGCAGAGCCUACUGUGAUUAUGUACACAUUCAUGUUUAACUUUGCAAAGGCCAGACCUGAAUUGGGACGAGACCUGUUCUUGGCGUGGUCUGGAUGGGUUUGUGUUUGGACUGCUUUGAUGCUGUUUGUGUUGGCAAUAUGUGGAGCUUGUUCUAUCAUCAAUAGGUUUACUCGAGUAGCUGGAGAAUUGUUUGGACUGCUUAUUGCUAUGCUUUUCAUGCAGCAAGCCAUCAAAGGGCUAGUUGAUGAAUUCCGCAUUCCUGAACGAGAAAAUCAGAAGCUGAAGGAGUUCUUACCUUCCUGGAGGUUUGCUAAUGGGAUGUUUGCUCUGGUUCUCUCCUUUGGCCUUCUUCUGACUGGACUUAGAAGCAGAAAAGCCAGAUCAUGGCGGUACGGAACUGGCUGGCUCAGAAGCUUAAUAGCUGACUAUGGUGUACCACUCAUGGUGCUCGUGUGGACCGGUGUCUCCUACAUUCCAGCAGGAGAUGUUCCAAAAGGAAUUCCUCGGCGACUUUUUAGCCCAAAUCCUUGGUCUCCUGGUGCUUAUGGGAACUGGACCGUAGUAAAGGAGAUGCUUGAUGUUCCAAUCGUCUACAUAAUUGGAGCUUUCAUUCCAGCAUCAAUGAUUGCUGUGCUUUACUACUUCGACCAUAGUGUAGCUUCACAGCUCGCGCAGCAGAAAGAAUUCAAUUUGAGAAAACCGUCUUCUUACCACUAUGACUUGCUUCUUCUUGGGUUUCUGACAUUAAUGUGUGGUCUACUUGGAGUCCCUCCAUCAAACGGUGUCAUUCCUCAAUCUCCAAUGCAUACCAAGAGCUUAGCAACUCUUAAAUACCAGUUGCUUCGUAACAGACUGGUCGCAACAGCACGAAGAAGUAUCAAAACAAAUGCGAGUUUGGGUCAACUCUAUGACAAUAUGCAAGAAGCUUACCAUCACAUGCAGACACCAUUAGUAUACCAGCAACCCCAAGGUCUAAAAGAGCUCAAGGAAUCGACAAUCCAAGCUACUACAUUCACCGGAAACCUCAAUGCUCCAGUUGAUGAAACUCUGUUCGACAUAGAGAAAGAAAUAGAUGAUUUACUACCAGUUGAAGUCAAAGAACAACGGGUAAGCAACUUGCUUCAGUCUACAAUGGUAGGAGGAUGCGUUGCAGCUAUGCCUAUCCUUAAAAUGAUCCCAACAUCAGUCCUUUGGGGCUAUUUUGCCUUCAUGGCCAUCGAAAGCUUACCCGGAAACCAAUUCUGGGAAAGAAUCUUACUUCUGUUCACCGCCCCAAGUCGCCGCUUCAAGGUUCUUGAAGAUUACCACGCGACAUUCGUGGAAACCGUUCCAUUCAAGACGAUUGCAAUGUUUACUCUUUUCCAAACGACUUAUCUCUUGAUCUGCUUUGGUCUCACAUGGAUACCAAUCGCAGGAGUCAUGUUCCCUUUAAUGAUCAUGUUCUUAAUCCCCGUACGACAAUAUCUCCUCCCUAGAUUCUUCAAAGGAGCUCAUCUUCAGGACUUAGAUGCAGCAGAGUAUGAAGAAGCUCCAGCUUUACCCUUCAAUCUCGCAGCGGAAACGGAGAUUGGAUCCACAACAUCGUAUCCGGGAGAUUUGGAGAUUCUUGAUGAGGUUAUGACCCGAAGCAGAGGAGAGUUUAGACACACGAGUAGUCCUAAGGUGACAAGUUCAAGUUCGACUCCAGUCAAUAAUCGGAGUUUGUCACAAGUGUUUAGUCCAAGAGUGAGUGGAAUCAGGUUGGGUCAGAUGAGUCCUCGAGUCGUCGGGAAUAGUCCAAAGCCGGCGAGUUGUGGGAGGAGUCCCUUGAACCAGUCGUCAUCGAACUGAGAUUAUAUAUUCAGGAAGCUUAAUAAAACAACUAAUCUAAUGAGGAUGGAUUAAGAAUGUUUAAUUAGUUAAUUAAUUUGAUCUUUAGCUCUUGAAAAAGAAAAGAGCUUCUUGAAUCUCUCUUUAGUUUAUGUUUUGUGUGUUUAAUCCCCUUUCGUGGUGUUUCAUCUUCAGUCUUAUGUAAAAUACUAAAAUGUCUGUCUUAUUUCGUUAUAUAUGUAAAAUUCGUUAAAUAUUUUCAACUGUUAUGUUUACCGGUCAGCAUUACAUACAAUUAAAAAUUUUGGGAUCACUGAAAUUUAGAUAAUUUGGAAGUUGGA